UUCGUUCUCAAUUAUAUAUUCUCUCUCACACAAAAACCCCGCCAAAUGAAGCCGUCUAUUCCUACCUGUAAAACCUCCGCUUAACUCCUCCAUUUCGAGGAUUCACAGUUCUCCUCUCAAGAACAACCUCAGUCGCCUAAAAACUCACCGUUCAAAGCUUCUCUAGCUUCAUAGCCAGGUCUAUAUGGACAUUAACUCUCUGAUUGAAGCUAGGUUUGUGAGUAUAAAACCCUAACAUUUGGUGGUUUGAUUUUGAUAAUGGGGAAAAGAAGUAGCCUAGUGGUUCUAUCAUCAUCUGAUGAGGAGGCGGAUAAUGCGACGUCACUGAAUUUGAAUCGGAGUUAUUCUAAACAAUCAUCAAAAUCUUUUGUUACUCGUACAAAUCCUAGACAACCAUCCAAAAGACCUCGUUUAUCCAGAGAAUCAAGAAAAUAUUCAGAUGAGAUCAGAUUCCCAAUUUAUGAUGAUUUUGAUGAAUUCUUUUAUGGGUCCAAGGUAUCUGCUGCUAAUUCGAAAGCGACACAUGGAUCAGGUCAUGAAAGUAGUAAUGUAAAGGAGUUAUGGGUUGAUAAAUACAAACCUCAAUCUUUGGAAGAACUUGCUGUUCAUAAGAAGAAAGUUGAGGAAGUUAAGGCGUGGUUUGAGAAAAGAUUGAAAGCUUCAGAGGAAAAUCUUAGCAAUUAUGUUCUUGUCAUCACUGGACAAGCUGGUACUGGAAAAUCUAUAACUAUUAACACAAUUGCAUCUCAUUUUGGAGCGACACUAUUUGAAUGGAAAACACCUACUCCUACAAUUUGGCAAGAACACAUGCAUAAUACAAAUCGAGUAGGGAUAAGCUACACAUCUAAGUUGGAUGAUUUUGUGAACUUCAGCGAAAAGAUAAGGAAGUAUGGAUUAUUUCCUUCAUCAUUUUCUGCUGAAUCAAAACCUCCAAUUAUACUCCUGAUCGAUGAUCUUCCUGUUGCAAAUGGAAGAGUUGCUUUUGAAAAACUUCAAAGCUGUUUGCUCCUUCUUGCGAGAUCAACUCAAGUACCAACAGCUAUACUGUUAACUGACUAUGGUAAAGAAGAUCCAGCAGACCACUCUGCCCGUUUCUUGGAAGAACUUCAGUUGUCUCUAGAGAGUGCUGGAGCUUGUAAGGUUUCUUUUAAUCCUAUUACAAAUAACUCUAUUAAGAAGGUUAUUACCAGAAUAUGCAAACAGGAACAUCAUAAUCUAACCACUGAACAGAUUGAUCUGAUAGCAAAAGCAAGCGGGGGUGAUAUUAGACAUGCAAUUACAUCUUUACAGCUUUUCUGUGUGCAACCAAAUAUUAUGCCUAAUUUGUCAGCAUUGUCCAACUCUAGUCCAAGUUACUCAGAUGGAAGUGCAGAUGAGAUUAAUGCUUUGAUCAGCGGUUUUUCAUCUCUAUUUGGCAGAGAUGAGACUCUUUCCCUUUUUCACGCCCUUGGCAAGUUUCUGCACAAUAAAAGGGACGCUGAAGUUCCUAUUGUAUUGGAUCACGAUGCCUUUCUUGUGAGCGAUAAAUUCUCUAGGUUGCCUAUGAAAAUGGAUGCUCCAGAAAAAGUUCUUUGCCAAGCACAUGGGCAAGCGAGGCCAAUCACUGAUUUUCUACAUGAAAAUGUUUUAGAUUUUAUAAGUGAUGAAGGAAUGGAUGCUGCCAGGGAUGUGGCUUCAUAUUUAAGUGAUGUGGACUUGCUUCUUUAUUCUUUUCGAGGAAUGUCGUCUAGGUCUAAUGAGGCAAAUAAUGUUCUUCAAUCAGCAGCUGCAUCUGUUGCUGUUCGUGGAGUAUUAUUUGGAAAUUCUUGUUCUUCAUCUUCCAGGUGGCAUGCUAUUCGCAAACCAAAGCUAUGGCAGGUUGACCAAUCUAUGUUCCGGAAUCAGAAAGAGACAAUAAGUCGAAAAUUUAUAGCUGAUGGUGGAUCCAGCUUUUCUCAAUUGCCACUAUCAGAUAUAGCUACCGAGUACAUGCCUGUGUUAAAAUGGCUGGGACAUAGAGCUUCAGGUGUUGAAGUACAUCAGGUACUUGAGAGACAUAAUGAGGCAUAUGAUGACAGUUCAGAGCAGACCAGCUUAGAUCGCGAAGAAAGCCAAAUUUCUGACGAUGAAAUAGAGGAAUGGUAAAAAAUAGUAAGUGCAUCAGAAGCAAGUUCAAUAUAAAUGGCCAUUCAGCUUCGUAAAUUUUGUGUUAUCCGGCUGCUGCUGUCUUUUACUUGAGCUUCCAAAGAGGUGAAUUAAAUAUGCAGAGAAUAUUUUUGGUUGCUAUAUUAUUUAGUUAUCAAUUUUUUCAGUUUCUAGUAGAAUCCUUGAAGGUAAAUAUGAAAGUAGAAUCCAUAGAUCCUGGUGAACAGAAUGUAUAUAUAGUCAUGGUGUGCCCUUUGUAUUCAGAUUUCUUGUGCAUCGCUCUUCUCUGUAUUGUCGUACUAACGUUAAAUGUUCGAUGUUGCAUCUAUAGAAGUUAGACAUCUAUAAGAUGUGGUUUAUUGAGAGAUGAUGUGUUUAAUAUUCCAAGUGACUUGAAGAUUUUUAA